AAACGCCGAUGAUAGUGCCGCUGACCUCAGCAGUGAUGUUGAUCAGACUGUUGCUCCUUCUGAAGAUGACGUCAAGGCUCAGAUUCAUAGUCGAAGAUUCCGAGAGUACUGUGAUAACGUGAUGGAUAAAGAACUCAACAACACUACACUACAACUGCUACAGAAACUGGUCAUGUUCCAGGACAGACAGUACCACAGGGAUCCCGUCAAGUCCAAAGCUAAGCGACGUUUCGUUGUUGGGUUACGAGAAGUUACCAAGCACCUGAAGCUGAAGAAAAUCAAAUUGGUUAUUAUAUCACCCAACGUGGAGAGAAUUAAGAGUGCAGGAGGCUUAGAUGACACUCUUCAUAACAUCAUUAGUAUUGCACAUCAGAAUGGGGUCCCUGUGGUAUUUGCAUUGCGACGUCAAGUCCUUGGUCGAGUGUUACACAAAAAGGUCCCUGUUAGUGCCAUUGGGGUCUUUUAUUACGAUGGUGCCGAGGAUGAGCAUAAGAAACUCAUGGAUUUGACAGAAAAGGCAAGGGACGUUUAUGCACAGAGAUGGAAAACAGCUUAUGAAGAACUAGUGGAGAGAAUUCAGAAGGAGAGGGCUGUGGAAAUGUCACGUGAUGUUCAAGAGGAGGGCUCAUCAUCACGUGAUCAGUGUGGGGAGAAGGCAGAAAUUCCAAAUGAAAGCAAAAAUGAAAUGAAACAAGAAAAUGACAAAGUAUCUAAAGAUAGCUACUGUGGAGAAAUGAGAAAAAUGGAAGAUGAUGAAGAAUCUGAAUGCAAUAGAAAUCAAGAAUAUGAAUGUGAAAGAGAAGAAGAAAUAAAAGAUGAAAUCUUGGAAGUAGAUAUACCAGAAGAAAAAUGGAAAGAUAAAGAAUAUGAAUGCAUAAGAAAAGAAGAGAAUGAAUGGCAAAGAGAAGGAGAAAUAAAAGAUGAAAUCUUAGAACAAAAUGGAAAUAGCUCAGAAGAAAGUGAAGAUAAAGAUGACUUGGAAAYAGAAAACAUUGGUAGUGACAAAAUGGAACUAGAUGAAACAAAUGAGAAAGAAAAUGAAUGGGACGUUAAAAAUCAGUCUGUUUCCAUUGAAAAGGACUUAAGGGUGGAAGAGCUAUGAUAAGAGAUCGAUCUGCUUUGACGUCAUGCAUUUCUAACUCACGARACUUCAUAAAUGAUGUAUUACCAAGAGUGAAUGUAAUUAGUAGGCUGGUAGACCUCAUUCGUAUUGGUGCAAUGUUUGUCCGUUGUAGACUACGUGUCAUUCUCUAGAGUAUCAUUUCUUUGUUUAAAGACUUCAUACGAGGAGACACAUGAAUAUGGAUACAACUAAAACAAAGCAGCUAGACAUGUUUGGAAGACCAUGGUCAUUUUAUUCAAUCAGCUUCUGUUUAUUAUUAUAUAAUAUUAUAA